AUGGGAGUAACAGUUGUCUUUCAAUGGGAGCUUGUCGAUGGGCAAACCCACCAGCAAGCAAUUCAAGAGCUACACGGAAGAAUCAACAAUACAGGAGCAGUGCAAGAGGGGAAGUUUUACUAUGAAUCGAAAUUCUACCAAGCGUCUGAUUCUUCCACUACUCGAGGGAAAACUUUUUCUAAAGAUUUUUACACACUGAAGACUUCGGAAUACCCGGUUACCGUCUUUGCCAGAGUAGAUGAUUCGACAAAAGAUAAAAAUUCGUGUAUCCAAUGCGAUAGCCCGAUGGAAAGUCUACUAAUCAAACUCCGCGAGUUUUUCACACCGAAACGAACUUUCGAAAUCAGAGGAACAAGAUUCAAACUUGCGGACUUUUGGAUAAGACCUGGAAUCGUCACGAGUAGUGGAUCGAAUAAAUGUGUUACGGUUGAAAUUGAAUACACUCCAAGCUACUUUGCUGAUGAUUGCUGGCCUUUGUUCUCUGAGCUUGGGUCGUAUAUUCUGAACCGGCCGAUUGAUGAGAAACCGCCGACAUGA